AUGGUUGACCCCGCCGAUGGCAAUGAUCAACUAAAGAUGAUCAACCGGGAAAUUAGCCUGCAUCACGGAGGAUGCCGUCAUAAGCUCUAUAAAGAUGAGCGGACAGCACCUGGUAUGAACGAAUCACGAAGCCAACGUGUUACAAUACAGCUGAAGAUGUGGGCUAGGGCCUUGUGUUUGCUCUCUUUUGCGUCGUUGGGCGUGGAGAGCAAGAUUAAUCGUAAAUCUAUUGUCCAGCAGUAUAACCUCAAACUUAAUCAAUCGAACCCAUACAGUCCUGUCCAAGUUGGCAACGGAAACUUUGCGUUUGGUGUUGACAUUACGGGACUGCAGACCUUCCUUCCACAUAAUACCCUGUCAUCAUGGGGAUGGCACAACUCGACGACAAAUCAGACUCCGGCGGACUAUACCGGCGUUGACUGGUGGACUCACGGUCGUCUCGUCAACUACGCGCAACCCAAUCCCGAAGAAAAAGAUAUCAGUCAAUGGAUGAUUGCGAACCCACAUCGAAUCAAUCUGGGAAGAGUCGGACUGUGGUUCGGCGGUAUUGCCGGAGGCAAUGUCACCGAAGAACUACUCAAUGGCAGAGAGCAGGUACUGGACCUCUGGGAAGGUAUCAUCAGCUCAACUUUCUUCAUUCAUGGAUCAGAGGUUCGGGUGACAACUGUUGCCAGUCCAGAGACAGAUACUGUGGCCGUGGAGAUAUCGUCUAGUCUAGUAAGGACAGCGGGAUUGGGUGUCUUCUUUGACUUUCCUUAUGCGACCGGGAAGAACAAGUUCGACGCGCCAUUUGUUGGUCUUUUCAACGCUACUUCAAACCACACCACCACAGACGAGUACAGGAACAGAGGUGCGACAAUCACUCACACUUUGGAUGCAACAACAUAUGUAGCGGACAUUGCCUGGGAAGGGUACGCUCGGCUUUCACGCCUACACAGCGAUGAGCACAAGUAUAUCCUAGCUGCCAGCCAGAAUUCCGAGCAGCUUUCUUUCACUGUUACAUACGCUCCUCGCGCGGUCAAUAUGUCUUGUACACCCGAGACGGUUAAGCAAAAGGCUCAGACAUGGUGGGCAGCCUACUGGUCGACCGGCGCAUUCUUGUCACUUCCUUCCGCUAGCAACUCUUCAGCUGAUGAGUUGCAGCGCCGCACAGUCCUCUCACAGUACCUCUUGGCUGUCAACGGGGCUGGCAAAGAUCCGGCGCAAGAAUCCGGCCUGGUGAACAAUGGCUGGUACGGCAAGUUUCAUAUGGAAAUGGUGUUUUGGCAUCUGGCUCAUUGGAUGUUUUGGGAUAAAUGGGACCUCUAUGACCGUAGCAUCGGCGUUUACAAACGCUUCCUACCCAGCAGUUUCGACAGGGCAGAGAAGCAAGGAUACGAAGGCGCGCGCAUCGGCAAGAUGAGCGAUCCAAGCGGUCGGUCUGCGCCAGGUGAAAUCAACAGCCUGCUCAUCUGGCAACAACCGCAUCCGAUGUACUUUGCCGAAAUGGAAUAUCGAUCUUUCCCAAACGCGAAGACUCUUGAAAAAUGGGACGAUAUCUUGAUAGGCGUGGCAGACUUCAUGGCCAGCUAUGCCUUCUGGAACUCCACGACGAACCGUUAUGAUCUUGGGCCUCCAAUGUACCCAGUCUCUGAGAAUACUAAACCCAACGACACCAUCAACCCCACUUUCGAGCUGGCAUACUGGCGCUUCGGUCUCGACGUGGCAUCAAAAUGGCAAGUACGACAAAACAAGUCUGUUCCAGAGUCGUGGAUACACGUACAUGAUAACCUCGCACCUUUUCCCACUGAAGAAGAUGCAUAUGUAACAUACGAGGGAAUACCAGAUAUGUGGACUACACCAGAGUAUACAGAAGACCAUCCUGGUAUACUAGGUAUUUACGGUAAAGACUCCCAUACACGAACUGCGUGUGAAACAUAG